CUUUCCUGGGUGGGGCCGCGUCGGUGUCGCGUGAUUUCAAACGCCAAUUAAAAACAAUCACCGCGCCUGGGAUAUAUUGGCCCCGCUCGCACCUGUAACUCGCAGAACCCAAAAGAUACGCAUCUGGCAGCACACCGUUUCUGUUGUAUCGCGCGCCCUUAAUCCAAGUCGUAAAUCCAAGAUAAUAUUCGCUCACAUUACCGAAUCAUGGCGAUGAACAAGUUUCGUCUUGCUCUGCUACAACUGGCAGUGACGCCCAACAUCUCGAAAAACCUCGAAAGAGCCAGUGAGCGAAUCAAAGAGGCGGCGUCUGCGGGAGCGAAGAUGGUCUGCCUUCCAGAAUGCUUCAGCUUCCCGUACGAGCCGAAGUACAUCGCAAAGUACGCCGAGCCGAUUCCCGGAAGGUCCAGCGAGAUGCUGUCACGCUGGGCCAGUGACAACCAGGUCUACCUCAUCGGCGGAACAUUGUCGGAGAGGGAGGACGACAAGCUCUACACCACUUGCUUGGCCUACGGACCGGACGGUUCGCUGCUGGCCAAACACCGCAAGGUACACCUCUAUGCGACCGAUGUCCCCAGCAAGUUCACCUUCAGCGAGGCGGGCUUCUUAACACCGGGCGACAAAGUGACCACCUUCGACACACCGUUCUGCAAAGUGGGCAUCGCCGUAUGCUACGACAUCGCGUUCCCGACCUUUACCGAGCUGUACGCGCGGCUCGGCUGCAAGUUGCUGGUGUAUCCGGGAGCGUUCAACAUGUACAACGGUCCGCUGUACUGGCAGCUUACGGCGAGGGGUAGGGCGGCCGACAACCAGGUCUACGUGGCGUCCGUGUCGCCUUCGAGGGACGAAACGGCCUACUACGUCCUCUGGGGACACAGCAUGCUGGUAGAUCCCGUAGGUAAAGUGGUCCGGUCGGCUGGGGUCGAUGAAGAGAUCUUGCUUGCUGAUGUCGAUAUAGACUAUCUGGAUGCGGUGAGGCGCCAGCUGCCCCUCGCCAAACAGAGGAGGAACGACCCGUACGAAGUAGUCGACCACAGGGACGCGACAAAUAACUUGGCGCUUUCUGACGGAGUGUAAUGUCGACGGCGCAGUAGUCUCUACCAUUUAAUCUGCGGGUAGAAAUCCGGAGGAGUGUUUGUCGGGUGUUUCAUAUGUGUGGGCAUAAAAAUAUUCUUAGCGGG